UAAAAUCACGCUCUCUGAUUCCUCUGUUCCGUUUUGAGUGUUGUCGAGGUGAAUUUGAAAUUGUGAAGUUCUCGUGGUUCGGAAGUUGUUUUUGUCAGUGUUUUUGUCAAGUGUCGUGCAAAUUCUCAGUGAUUUGUCAAAUUUUACCAAAAUUUUUGUAACAAAAUGCCAGCAGACGCAGAAUUAAAUUCCGUUUUAAUCAGGAGACAAGAAAUUAACGAUGCUUUAGAUAAUGGAAAUGAAGUUAAAGUUAACUACAGAGUCGUUAAUAUUUACACCGAGUUCCACGAGUUUUCCAGAAAGGAGAUCAAGCAAUACGAAACCACAUUCAAGAAGUUUAAUACAAACAAAGACGGUUUCUUGAGCUUGAACGAACUUAAACGGAUGAUGGAGGUCCUAGGAGCACCACAGACCCACGUUGGACUCAAAGCUAUGAUCAAAGAAGUGGACGAAGACGACGACGGACGUUUGUCUUUUCGAGAAUUCCUUUUGGUUUACCGCAAAGCCAGGGCGGGUGAGUUAGCAGAGGAUUCUGGAUUAGCACAGUUGGCCAAACUGACAGAAGUUGACGUUGAUAAAGUGGGUGUGAAUGGUGCCAAAGAGUUUUUCGAAGCUAAGAUACAGGAAUUGUCUAAAAAAAGUAAAUUUGAAAGCGAGAUACGAGAAGAACAGGAGGAAAGGAAAAGGCAAGAAGAAGAAAGAGCCAUGCGACGGCAACAGUUCAUGGAAAAAGCUGCUAUUUUUAAAUAAAAAGUACCUAAAAUGAGUAUUGCUUCGGUAGACUGAUACACUUUAAUAAGAUAUAAUUAAAUAAUAUUUAAGGAUAAAGUUUUAAAAUGACGUUUGUUUACUUUCGCUUUUUAUUGUAAAUAACUUAAAAUCUAAAACUAAAUUAGUAUAGGUGUAAAAAUCCAUAUUUCAACUUUUAGAUAAUAAUCAAAUUUUUGUGAUAGAUGUUUUUUAUAAUAAAAGAAAAAAAUCACAUGA